AUGUCGGAGGGUCCAGCAGGUGGCCCGGGUCCGGCUGGCCACCAGGGCCAGGGCCAGGGUCAGGGCCAGGGCCCCUCGGCGGGCGCUUCGGGCGCCGCUUCGGGCGCGGCCGCUUCGGCUGCGGCGAGUCCCAGCGAGGACUUUCGGGACCUGGGCCCAGAGGCGGCCUGGUCACUCUCCUCCGCAAAGCAAGGAAACGGAGUGGAGCAGCUUCGUGAUGGCAGCACUGACACCUUUUGGCAGUCGGACGGACCCCAGCCGCACCUGAUAAACAUACAGUUCCAGCGCAAGGUCAAGGUCAGCGAAAUCUGUUUCUAUGUGUGUUUCAAGAUCGACGAGUCAUACACACCGUCACGAAUAUCGGUCAGAAUAGGCACCGCACACCACGAUCUACAAGAGGUCCAGGUGGUGGAGCUGAAAGAGCCCGACGGCUGGAUCACGAUACCUCUCGCCAAGCCGAGCUUUCGACCUGUGGAACUGCCACCAAGCUGUACAUUGCGCGACAGCGAGAUGGGCGGUGCUCGAGAAUUUGUCCGCACGCAUUUCAUCCAGUUGGCCGUGCUGACCAACCAUCAGAAUGGGCGCGACACGCACAUCCGCCAAAUCAAGGUGCUGGGCCCCCGAAGUGCGAUGCGCUCCGGUGCGGAUGCGCCUAGAGAGGUGUGUCCUCUCAAACUUCAGACACGCGAGCUGCAGCAGUUCGCGAGCAUUCGGUGA